UUGCAAUAGUUUUUUGUCCUUAAACAACUGAAAGUCUUCUCUCUCACUCAAAAAAUAAAAAAGUUAAAAAUAAAAAAAUAAAAAUCUCAUCUUUAGGGUUUUCUUCAACGAAACUCAACAGAUCUGAGAGCAGAGAGAAGAUGGCGGGAAGGCGAGAAGCCCCACUGAUGAGGGGCGCCGGUGGGUCCUCUCGCGGGUCUCGGAUCGCCAUGGCCGUCGCCAUCGGGAUCACUCUCGGUUGCGUCUGCGCCUUCUUGUUUCCUGACGGCUUAUUUCGCCCUCACUCGCCUCAAGAACUCAACGCUGGCCUCAAAUCGAAGCGGGGCUCUUCAGCUCCAUGUGAAUCAAGUGAAAGAACCAACAUGUUAAAGUCUGAGUUAGCAUCUCUAUCAGAAAAGAACGCUGAACUGAAGAAGCAGAUCAAUGAUCUAACUGUAAAGCUCCAACUGGCUGAACAAGGGAAAGAUCAGGCCCAAAAGCAAUUCCUGGUUUUGGGACAGCAGCACAAAGCUGGGCCUUUUGGUACUGUCAAAUCUUUAAGAACAAAUCCAACAGUCCUCCCGGAUGAAUCAGUGAACCCUGGAUUAGCGAAAAUCCUCGAGAAAGUAGCCGUUAGAAAAGAGCUCAUACUUGCACUCGCAAAUUCCAACGUGAAAGAAAUGUUGCAGCUUUGGUUUGAAAACAUCAAAAGAGUAGGAAUUCCAAAUUAUCUCGUGGUAGCACUGGAUGAUGAUAUCGAAAAAUUCUGCAAUUCGAAUGAAGUUCCAGUUUACCGUAGAAGCCUUGAUGAAGGAUUCGAUGACAUUGCAAAAACUGGUGGUAAUCAUGCUGUUUCUGGUCUAAAAUUCCGUGUAUUAAGAGAAUUUUUACAGCUCGGUUACAGCAUUCUUCUCUCAGAUGUCGAUAUAGUUUACCUACAGAAUCCGUUUGAUCAUCUCUAUAGAGACUCUGAUGUAGAGUCUAUGAGCGAUGGCCAUAAUAACAUGACAGCUUAUGGAUAUAAUGAUGUCUUUGAUGAACCCUCAAUGGGUUGGGCUAGAUAUGCUCAUACAAUGAGAAUAUGGGUAUAUAAUUCGGGGUUUUUCUAUAUCAGACCGACAAUCCCAUCAAUCGAGCUUUUGGAUAGGGUAGCAAACAGGUUGGCUCACGAAAAGGCAUGGGAUCAAGCAGUUUUUAACGAAGAACUCUUUUAUCCAUCGCACCCAGGAUACGACGGGCUUCACGCUUCAAGGAGAACCAUGGACAUGUAUCAGUUCAUGAACAGCAAAGUUCUUUUUAAAACAGUGAGAAAAGAUGCACAACUGAAGAAGUUAAUGCCUGUUGUCGUUCAUUUGAACUAUCAUCCUGAUAAGCUCUUUAGAAUGAAAGCUGUUGUGGAGUUUUACGUUAAUGGGAAGCAGGAUGCCUUGGAUCCUUUCCCAGAUGGUUCAGAUUGGUAGUGAGUUUAUAUACUUUGCUUAAAAUUACACAGGUUCUUGAUCUUUUAUCCUGUAGCUGUCAGAAAUUUUCACUGUCAGAGAAACUAUGUAAUUUUGCUGCCUGAGUUUGUUGUAAUCUAAAUUUUCCAUGUCGUAAUUUUUUUCCCCAGCUUUUUGUU